AAGUCACUGAAUGGUUAUCGCAAGUGUGCGUCAAUCGCCGCGCAUUACGGCAUGAGUGAUGUCUUUGAUAAUUUGAUCAUUCAUCUAUGCAAAUUCUCUACGCUCAUGACUUCUGCUGAAGGAGGUGCAGAACAAAAUCUUGAGAUGCAGCGUAGUGGUGGUUUAACCGAAAUGACAAUUCAAAACGCUGAACAAGUAUCAAUUGCGUUUGGUGAGAACAAUAAAGCGCAGAUGGCAGCAAAAGCUAUGUUCCAACUAGUACACACGCAUGGAGAUAUCCUCAGAGAGGUUCGUUGA